AUGGCUGUAGCAAUGCUCCCGAGGCUCGUUGCUGUGGCGGCGCUCGUCGCGCUGAUAUGUGCUGUUGCUGUGGGCCAGGUACCCGCACCUGCCGUCGGCGGUGCGCCGGUGUGCGACUUGGUCGAUCAGGACGUCGUGAAUGCGUGCUUCAAGAGCUUUGGAGAAGGUAUGAAAAAUGCCAUUGCAGACAGGCGUUUUUCGGGGGGUAAGGUCAUUAAGGUUGGAGUGGACUGCUGCAUAGCCUUUGGAGGCCACUCGUGCCUCUGCAAGAUGAAGAUGGCGUGGAAGGCUCAGGGCAAAAGUGCCCAGAAUAAUGUGCAAUGCGUCAGGGAAAAGGCAUGCUCGGACGAUUUGAUUGCCCAUGAGCACACAGGGGUCGCUCAUCCAGACCCUGCUCUUGAUUAG